GCGCUGUCACGAGAUCGGCGGCUGGGAGUGUGGCGAAAGUGCGGCUGCGGAAGCGCAGCGAGACCCGGGAGGAGGAAGCGAGCGCCGCUACCCGGCUGCGGGGCUCCUGGCACCAUGGGCCGGCUGCAUUGCACGCAGGACCCGGUGCCCGAGGCCGUGCGUGGCGACAUGCAGCAGCUGAACCAGCUGGGCGCGCAGCAGUUCUCGGCCCUGACAGAAGUGCUUUUCCAUUUCCUAACUGAGCCCAAAGAGGUGGAGCGCUUUCUGGCUCAGCUCUCUGAAUUCGCCACCACCAAUCAGAUCAGUCUUGGCCCCCUCAAAAGCAUCAUGAAAAGUCUCCUUCUGGUUCCAAAUGGUGCAUUGAAGAAGGGCCUCACUGCCGAGCAGGUGCGCACUGAUCUCCUGACGCUAGGUCUCAGUGAGGAGAAAGCCACUUACUUUUCUGAAAAGUGGAAGCAGAAUGCUCCGACUCUCGCACAGUGGGCCAUUGGUCAGACCCUGAUGAUCAACCAGCUAAUUGAUAUGGAGUGGAGGUUUGGAGUGACGUCUGGAAGCAGUGAAUUAGAGAAAGUGGGAAGCAUAUUUUUACAGGUAAGCCUGUGGUCAGUGGCGACGGGGGAGGGAUCAACCUGGUUAAAAGUUAUCCAAAGCCAGGCAUGGUGGCACAGGUUUGUAACGCCCCACAAUCAAGAGGUUCGAACAUCAGAAGUUCAAGGCCAGUUUGGGCUUCAUGAGGCACUUCCUCAAAUUGUUUUUUAUUAGAGCUGUAUUGGUUUUUGUUCUAGUCAGUGUUCUAGCUAUGAAGAGACACCAUGGCCAAGGCAACUCAUGUGAGAAAGCACUAACUGCCGGCUUACAGCUUUAUUGGCAUUGGUUGUCACCAUGGCAGUGUUCAGGCAGACAUAGUGCUGGAGAGGUAGUUGAGAAGUCUGCAUCCUCAUCUGUAGGCCGCAGGGAGAGAGAGAGAGAGAGAGAGAGAGAGAGA